CACAAUUUCAAUCCUUUUUUAUACUCCCUCUCUCUUUCUUCGCUUUCCUUUGAUGAUAUGAGCGGAACCAUGUCAAGUUCCAACAAUCAAUGGCUUCAAUUCUACGAAAACAACCAACCCACAACAGUACAAAGCUGGUCCGGUGACGCCGCCACUGAUGCGACGGUGGUCACCAACACCACCACCACCACCAGCAACAACAACACCGGUGUCUCUAAUCAGCUCAGCAAGGUAACACGACCUACAAAUAGUCGAAGACGAUCAAGAGCUUCAAGAAGAACUCCAACCACCUUACUCAACACCGACGCCACCAACUUUCGUGCCAUGGUCCAACGCUUCACUGGUGGCGGCAACACCGGCGGCGAUGUAACUUCCACUCCAUAUCUAUCAAACGAGUCAUCCGUUACUUCUUCUCAUCAGUUGUUGAACACUUACAACAAUAAUACAUAUAGUUUCACUGAUGGGAUUCGAUCAAGUAGCCCGGGGGUUGCGCUGCGUCCUAAUGAUGGCUAUAACGUGCAGUUCCGGCAACCACAAAGCCAACAGUAUUUCACGAUGACGGUGGAGGAUGGUGGAAGUACCACAGCUAACGAUGGUGGUGAUGAACAUAUGGAGUUUAGACAGAGUGGAUCUUAUAAUUGGUAAGGAGAGAAGAAUCAUAUGUUAUGAUCAAAGUAUAAUUACAAGAAUAAAAAUUAUAGAGUUCUCGAUCUUUGCACUAGUUCCUUUUUCGACUUUAGUCGAAUAAAGUUACGUGGUUUAAAUCUAUCUUAAUGUAUACUCAAAUUAUUUGAAACUUUUCUUCAGUUCUAGUUGCUAACUUAGCUUAUGGAUCAACCAUUGUAAAUAUAUAUCGUUAUAUUAUUUCUCAUUUGCUUCUAGUUUGGAUAGAAGUUAAUAUAAUUAUACAUCAUAAUGUUAAACUUUGUCAUUUGUUUA